AUGGCCUUCUCCAACGAGGAAGAAAGCUACAAGGGAAUUGGCUUGCAGACUUUCUCCCCUGAUAUGGUAUGCGCACCCUACGAUAAUCAACCAGUGUCAGAGUCUGUCGGAGAUAAGUCUUCAUUUACCUUCCUCUUGCCGAAAGAUGACAGUUCUUUCCUCGUCUGUUCCAUCAUCCCCGUGCGCGAGGGAGAUUUUCUAGGUGUCUUUUCUGGUAAGAUUCGUUUCUCGGAAACCUGGAGUCCCAGACACGGUAUUCACGGUCCUGUCGGCAACCUGUGGUUAGAUUAUUCAAAAGUCACUGGUACGCUGAGCCAAAUGUGCGUUUCAGAAACUGGUGGGUCCGCAAACGUUCGCAUUCAGUGGGAUUUAAUCCACGAUGAUGUUGACAAAGAUAAUUGCUCAUCCUGGAGAGUUUCGGUGAAAGCUACUAAGCCAAUAAUGCCAUUUGAACCUCUCGUUCGCGAGGCUUCUCAGCAAGAGCAAUACGUAUUGCACUUAUCUCCUAAGCAUGCAAAGAGAGGCUUUCUCGAAAUUUGCGAAGCUGACUAA